CAUAAACCUAAACCAGAUUAAGCACGUUUAUUGUAAGAAUUUGGUGAAUCAGAAUCUUCAUUCUUCAGGAACACAGACAUGGCAAUCGGUUUCAUGGAGGUGCAACUUGUGAAAGCAAAAGGCUUACGUGACACUGAUAUCUUUGGUAAAAUGGAUCCUUAUGUUCUCAUACAAUACAAAGGCCAAGAGAAAAGGAGCAGAGUCGCUCAUGGGCAGGGAAAGAAUCCAGUAUGGAAUGAACAGUUUAUGUUCAAAGUAGAGUAUCCUGGAUCGAAAGAUCAACACAAGAUCAUCUUCAAAAUUAUGGACAAAGAUUUAUUUAAAGACGACUUUGUUGGAGAAGCCAUAAUCCAUGUGGGGGAUUUAUUGGCCCAAGGAGUAGAAAAUGGAGGAGCUAAGUUACAAACUCUAAAGUAUAGAGUGGUUCGAGCAAACAAGUCUUAUUGUGGAGAAAUUGAUGUCGGUGUUACUUUUACUCCAAAGGUGAAAGACAAAUUUGUUGAAGAACAGAUAGGAGGAUGGAAAGAAAGUGGCAACUAUUUAGCAUGAAAUAAUUCCUAAUUUUGAUUUUUAGUUAAAUAGGUCUUAAUUUUCGUUAAUUUUAUUCAAUUGAAUUUUUUUUUAAUACCGUCAUGAACAACACAUGUCACUAUGUGAUUUUUUUUUAAUUUUUUUAAUUUUUUUAAUUCUUUUUAAAUGUCCACGUGUCAAUCCAACAAUGUGUCACGUGUUAAAGUCAAUGUUUAAAUCCAAUCUGGUCCCUAUAUUUGUUAUUUUUGUUCAAUUUAGUUUCACUUAUUUGUUCAUUGUGUCCCAUUUAGAUCGAGAUUUUAUUUGACUUAUUUUUAUUUUCUAGCCAGACACCUUGAGCAAAAUCUAAGGGUUGUUUUUGUUACUUGUAACCAAAUUUGUGAUAUAUAAGAGGUACAUCCAUCGGAUGAAAAAAA